AUGGAGUCCAAAGACAUUCCAGCAGGCUACCGCAACGAUUCAGCCUGGACCGCAAAUCGAGACAAAAGCAUCGAUGCUGGAGCAUUGGCCAGGAAGUAUGAAGCUGCGCGGCCGCAGGGUCUCCAAGACCACCCUCGGACAGCUUCUGAUGCGGUCCGAUACACCGAAGAUCGAUAUGCCAUACCAUACGGCGUCAAGCGAGCCGGCAAACAGCCAGUGGUGGAUUCCGGCCACGACGACCAGCUCCAUUCUACGAGUCAACGGAUUCUGUCCUCCCCCACCCAGAAGAUGCCCGCUGAACAAGUCUCGAGACACGUUCAAUCUCUGAGGAAUGUGAACCACUUGUCGCGAGAUCAUGUGGACAGCUAUCUCGCUAAUGGCGGUACGGAAGCAGAUCUGAUUCACAUCCCAAUUCCUGGAGCCAGUGCACCUGCCGCCACCCCCUUCUCGAACGAGACCACGCACGAAUUCUUUCCUCGAGCCGACAUCCCUUCGAUCAACGAGCCGCGGCCUUCAGUCGUACUCAAUGACACUUCAUUGUCUCCCAAGUCGACCUCUGGCUUGUCCUUCCGCAGCGAGCGUUGGCUCCAUACGGACGAACUCGUCAGCGAUGAGGCCAUCUCGCCGUUGACGCUCAAUUCUGCUCUUCCGAGUCCUGGUCUUGGUGCACAAGAGGCAGUCUCGACUGGCAAAGAUGACUCUGAGUCCAGCGACGAAGGAUACGUUUACGAAAUUGAAUUUGGUGAACCCACUACUUUUGAUGACCGCCUACUCGAACGAGAUCUCGACGCAACACAAGCUCUCCAAAGAUUCUCCUUUGUCCCUCUAGAGCACGAUACCCAACGCAAGUCUCCGCCGAGUGCCGCCCGUACACGAGCACUCUCCAUCUCCCUCGAGCCUAGCGGAAAGAUUGUCGAAGCAGAGGUCAUCAACAAGCACGUUGAGAAUCGCGUUCACACUUCACUCUACCAGAAGAUUCCAGCAGUGCAAGCUGUGCUACGCAGAGAUUCUGACACUUCUACUGCAUCUCAUGCGAGUUUUGGACACCCGCUGGACUGUGAGACCACAGCUGUCAACUCUCUCCUGGCAGCUGAAAAGGCUCUAGCAUCGAUCUCAAAUCCCGAACCGGCACCAAAUUCACAGCUCGUCCGAGCAACGAAGCUCUAUGACGAGCAAGAUCCACACGGAAAUCGAUACAAAGAUAAAUUUCGCCGACACAAAAAUCCUCGGCCCAAACCACCGGGAGAGCAAGUUCCAGACCACACUGAAAGGACAAAGAUAGCGGGACACAAAUCUAUUCGACGGAUACCAAGCAGAGAACAAGUCGCCGACUUCUCGUAUCCCGCACUGUCAUACCAGAGGCUCAACCCACGGCACGGCGAAAUCCAGACCUGCUGCGCAUUCUGCGAAAUGGAAAAAACCUCGACAGAACCCGGCUUCCUGUCCACAGUCGCCAACUACUGCAACCCCUGGUCACUUCCGCCCGAUGCCUCACCAUACACCGUCGCUAUUAAAAAGAAUCAAAGAGCUCCCUAG